GCCAACAAGAGCACCAGGUCUCUAUGAUCUAGAGCCAUGGCGAAUAGAGGGAGUAUCAAGCUGUGCUCUCAAAAGGCAUCAGCAACUGCCCAGACUAACAAGGUUCGGGACCCACCGAAUGGGAUAUGGAGUGUUUCUAUUUUCUCGACAGGGCCAUCAUUAGAAAGAGGCCGACAUCGUUCAUCUCAACCAGCUGGGCUCGGGUCUCCAGACUGCAUCUCGUCGACGUUCACGACUAUCGGACUGAGGAUUUGGUGGCCACAGUCACUGACAAAGCAGGUUGCUGUACUGUACACUGUACGGAGUACAUAGGCACCGGAUUAAUUAAGACAUUCCGGAAGAUCGAAUGGAGUCUCGGACAUUUAACCUUGAAUGGACUGACGACCCAUUCGUGCUCGGAAUCAUCCCGAGCGACAAUCCGGCCAAAUCGUGGUGGAAUCACGUGGGCGCAUGUGACAUGGUCUGGAUUGACUCGACUGUUGAGUUACUCCGUAACACUCCAUAAACUACAGUACUCAGAUGCAACAUACAAACACUCAUCAAGUUCGACAUUCUACUUGCCAUCUCUUGCCCUGCCGCAAACCUGGUUGAGCAGCAGAUGUUGGAGCGACAUCGCGCAGCCUAGAGCCAUGCUCCACUCUACUCGUUUUAUGAGUAAUCAUCAGUUAAAUGCGAAGGAUGGUCAAAGCUCACUCUCAAUGUCCCGCGGACACCGCGGGAUGAACAAGCACCGCGCUUGUGAGACAUCGUUCUCCUUUCUAGAUUUCACUUCAAUUUCACGGCAAGCCCCAUACUUUCCAACUUCCAGACCUCCACUCCUGCAGAAAAGUCCGUGACAUGCCCGGUAGAAUGCUCCGGUCAACCAACGAAAGGCUUCAAGUUGUGGAUCGCUGCAUCGCUUUCUAACCGAGGCGACUAAAUUUGGAUCCCGUUCGAAGCGAACUCAACGCCCAUGGCUCGAACCGCCAUGGUGCUACCUCCGAUAGGCUCGUGGCUCAGGGACACGGUUCAAUGUAUUGGCAUUAAAUAUCUACCUGGCCUCGAAUUCUUCCCAGUUGUCUAGUUCUUGGAGUCAUGGUCCCUAUGCCACCCAUCAUAUAGACUCGAAACCGCCACCUUUGUGCUCAGUUUAGCCCGGUUUUGGCCAUGCUUCCUG